GUAAUUGUUCUCAUCAAGGCCUCCUCUUUUCUUCCUCCAUUAUUUUCUUGGUAUAUAUAUAAUUGUCACUAAAAACGAGAGAUAAUACUGAAAAAUAUAUACACUCUAAUUAUAGUGAAUCAAAUGUUAAAAUUCACAUGAAAAUAUAACUAGUAAAAUUACCUAAUUAUAGCUGUAAACUCGUCAUUCUUUGCCUAAUUCAACACCUUGAUCACCUGAUAAACUCUCUUUACAACUCUUAAUUAUUUCCUUUUCCCCUCAAAUAUUUCUAAAAAAACCCUUCAAAUAUUAUCAACGAAUAAACCUCCGCCAUUGCUUUUUCAGGUCACAAACACACACACACACACACUAUACAAACAAAACCUAAUAUUAAGGAUUUUUCUUCCCUCGUCGUCCUCUCCUUGGACGGUGAGUGGAACCCAUGAUGACCUCUUCCUCCACCACCACAAGCAGCAAUAUCAACCUGUGUUGUAAAAGAAAUUGAAAAGAAAUAAAAUGUCCCGUGGAUUUGCUCCGCCAUUUCAAUUGUUGGAGCUAAAUUUGAUAUCUGCACAAGACCUUGCCAAGGUCUCCCGCAAGAUGAAAACCUACGCGGUUGCGUGGAUUCACCCUGACCGCAAACUUUCAACCAGAGUCGAUAUUCCUGGUCACAACAACCCCACCUGGAAUGACAAGUUUGUCUUCCGAGUCGACGAUGAUUUUCUCUAUGGCGAGACCUCCGCCAUUAUGAUCGAGAUCUACGCCCUCCAUUGGUUCCGCGACGUUCACGUUGGCACCGUCCGCGUCAUUGUCGGAAACCUCAUUCCCCCUGCCCAAAUCCACCGCCAGCACCAGCAGCACCACGUUCAACUUGGCACACGCUUCGUUGCCCUUCAGAUACGUCGUCGCUCUGGACGACCUCAGGGUAUUCUUAACAUUGGAGUGGCGCUUCUUGACACCUCCAUGCGAAGCAUGCCAUUGUACACCCAGGAUGCCUCUGCUGUUGGCUACCGCCAUUUGAUGGGCGAGAAGGAUACUCAUAUGCAUAAAAAUAAUAAAAAUAAUAAGGACGAUGAAAAAAACAGCGACAACCAGAACCAAUUCUUGCUUCCAUGGAAUCCCAAGCCAGAAUUGAGACGUACAAAGAGCGACACUAGUUCCAUGGUCGGCUCUGAUGUGGUUGAUAAGAAAACGUUAAAUAAAAAGAAGGCCGGUUCAAUGGUCAAUGGCUCAGCUUAUGAGAAACAGAAUUCAAAAGCUAGCUCCAUGAUCACCGACUCAGAUAUUUUCAAGAUAGGUAAGAAGGGCAAGUCUGAUUCAACAUCUAGUGGGACGGUCUAUGGCGCAUUGACAAAUGCUAAGUAUGGAUCGAACAUCACCGGCGGCAAGAAUAAUAAGGCGAGAAAUAAAAACCUCUGUUCAAAUGACGAUAAUUCUGUAUCGAAAUUUAACAGGUUCGACCUUGGCAAAUUGCAAUUUGGCACUCCAAAAAAGAUGAAUUUACACGGUGGGGGGCCGCUUAUAACAGAAUCAGAACUGGGUCCAUCGGCGUCGGAAGUGGCGGCGGCAGUGGCAAGGAAAAAAAAUCGCUAUGUGGUAGAAGAGACGGAGAGCGAGAUAAUGGGUUCUUGGAGCUUGGAAAGCAGCAUGGAAGGCCUUCAGUCUAAAUUAGAAAGAUGGCGAACGGAGCUUCCACCUGUAUACGAUCGUAGCGAUUUAUCCAGUUGCAACGGCAGUGUAGUUGCCGGUGGAAGAGGUGCAUAUAGGCAUAAGCGAAGAAGCAGCGACAGCGAUGGAGUAUUUUCAUGCUUCGGCACCGUAUGCGGUGUCGAAUGCUCCAUUGUUUGUGGCGGAUCCCCCCCGAGGAAACAAUCCGGGCGGGUGAAACGCAGCCCAUCAGCCGGUAGCUUUAGUUUUCUUUGACUUGACCCGAAUCACAGUAGUUUAUAACUAUCCGUUUUUUGCUAAAGUACGCUGGGUGUGUUAAUGGUGAUGUGGUCCCGGUUAGAAAGGGGAGAUGGGCACACCGCACGCGUUAAGAACGUGAAAUCGGGGAUGGAUUAUAGGGAGGUGCUGUG